AUGCCAAGUAUCACCAACACAGCCUCAGUCCCAAUCAGACUACACCCUUGCCUCCUGGUGAGGGGUAGCCAUUGGACAGGUCCUGGUAAGUCACACCCUCUUCCUUUGGCGCAGGAUUCGAUCAUUGCUAACCCACUGCCUCAACUCUUUCUCCAGCUCUGCCCGCUUUUGCUUUGUGCCAGUGAGGUUGUGAUGUAUUUCAGCCCCUGCCUCUUGUGGCUCCCCUGUGCCAUCCCUUGGAGGCAGGACUGUGCCAAAGCCAAGGAAAGUGUGCCAUGCUCGGCUGAGCGAGCGGUAAUCGUCCCUAAUCAUCCUCCUGAAACCAGGUCCUUCAUCACGACUUUGUGCAUAAGAAAUGGCGGCCCUGUUGGAGGAGUGCGUGGACUGCAAGUCCAUGAUUGCAUCGCCUUCAUUCAGGCCAUAGUCGUGCUUGAAGCGGAAACCCUCUGGCAAGUGCUUGCGCGACAUGGCAAUAGCAGCAUGCCGCCAAAGCAGGAUUGUGAUGGUGGUGUUACAAUCCUACGUCCCACGAUAGGACGACAAGCAAUAAGUAACCGCCAACCAAACACGGAGGCCUGGGGGAAGGUGCAGCAAGGCAAGGCCGCCCGGCUGGCGCCUAGGGGAUUGCUCUCAGCCGAGCUGACACACGUGACGGAGCUCGUCAACGAGCAAUGUCACGAACACAACCCUUAUGGUUAG